AUGCCGCGCUCUCCAGCGGACAGCGCGGCCAGCGCUCUCCACGUCGACGCCGAGCUCGCGGUGAUUGGCUCCGGCCCAGCUGCCCUCGCCUUGCUUGCUCGGCUCGCUCGCGACGAUCCGUCCAGCGCGCUGCUGCACUCCACUCUCGUGAUUGAUCCGUCCGGAGCGUUUUGCACGGCAUGGGCCGCAAAGCUGCGCUCUCAGGGCGUGUCGCACCUGCGCUCGCCCACCUUUGUGCACCCGCACCCGUCGCGGCGGCUCGACGACGCGCUGCACGGCUACGCCGCCGCACACGGCCGCCUGCGCGAGCUGCGUCCGAUUGAGGGCGUCGAGCGACAGUGGCAGGCGCCGUCCUCGCGCCUUUUCGAGGACUUUUGCGAGGACCUGGCUGCGGAUCUGAGGGGAGGAAAGGAGGACGAGCGGCUCGCGGGCUGCCACGUUGCCGCCGCCGCCACCGACAUCGUCCCGCUUUUCCGUGACUCUGCUCUGCCGUGGGCCUUUGACAUUGCCGGAAGCGAGCCUCAACGCCCUCGCGGGACGGGCCGGUUGGUCGUGGUCGGCGGGGGCUUGAGCGCCGCGCAGCUGGCCGCGUUUGCCUGCCGGCUCGGCUGGCGUUCAGUGACCCUAGUGUCCCGAUCGGAGCUGACGGUGCGGCCGUUCGACGUGGGCGGUGGCUGGGUCGCGUCGUUGCUGUCGCCGGAGCUGGGGGCGGAGGAGGCGGCUUUCUUCGCCGCGCCACCAGAGGAGAGGCUCUGGCAGCUGCGAGAGGCGAGACCGGGCGGCUCGCUUACGCCCGAGGCGAGGCGGCGGCUGGCGGAGAUGGAGCUUCGGGGCGCCGGCCGCGUCCUCGAGCGCGCAGAGGUGCGCCGCGCCAGCUGGCGGCCAAAGGCAGCGGAGUGGGAGUGGGCGGACGGCUGGCAGCUCUACGUCGCGGGGGCGCUCAGCGCGCUGCAGAUCGGGCCCGAGGCGUUCAACCUCGCAGGCGCGGGCGCUUGCGCGGCCCGCAUCGUUGAAAGGUUGCUCGAGGACGAGCGGGUCACGAGCGGGCGGCUUGCGUUGCCGUUGGGAUAUUGA